AUGAUUCUAAUUUUAGAACAUACACUGGACUUUUUACCAAUACCUAGCAAAACUCUUGAACUUCAUGAGUCAAUUGGUGAUGGCGCCUUCGGAACAGUUUAUCGAGCUACAUGGUUGACCAGAAAUCAUAUAGUUGCUGUGAAAAAGUUACAUCUUAUACAUUGGAAUAAAAAAGCGAAGAUAGAGUUCUUCAAAGAACUUUCUUUUAUAGAUAUUCUUCGUUCUCCUCAUAUUGUUAAUUUCUACGGUGCAUGCAUAGAAACAGACAAUUUUGCAUUAGUUAUGGAAUAUAUGUCGUUAGGAUCAUUGUACAAGAUGUUACAUGAUGAUAACGUGGACUUAGUUUGGGCAUUACGAUUUUCAAUAGCCUUACAAACAGCGAAAUGUAUCAAUUGUUUACAUACAUUUCAACCAUCCAUCUUGCAUCGUGAUAUUAAGUCGGCGAAUUUUUUGUUAGAAAGAGCCUAUGAAGGAUAUACUGUGAAAGUUUGUGAUUUCGGAUUGGCCGAAACACGUAUCGAAACCUCUCGCCAAACAACACCAAAUGUUUCGUUGAUCGGUACUUUACAAUGGAGUGCUCCUGAAAUACUGCGCUUAGAAAAACAUACCGAUAAAAGUGAUGUAUACAGUUUAGGAAUCGUUUAUUGGGAACUAGCUACCAAUGAGAUACCUUAUGGUGGUCGUCAAAUUGAGGUCGUUCAUGGAUUUGUACGUUCUGGCGACCGUUUACAGAUACCCGAGACCACACCACCUAAUUUUUCUGCAUUAAUCCAAGAAUGUUGGGCUCACAAUCCCAAUGAUCGACCAUGUUGCUCUCGUUUGAUCGAAGUCAUCAAAGGCUGUAUCAAAAAUCAAAUUAUUCUCAAUAUUCCAGCUAAUGCUCGAUGGAUACAGAAUGGAACGACUGUUGCUGGAGGUAAUGAAAAAGGCAGUACCACCAAUCAACUCGACUGUCCUCAUGGUAUCUUCGUUGAUGAUGAUCAAAUGAUAAUUAUCGCUGACUGUCAUAAUCAUCGAAUCAUCGAAUGGAGGAUGGGUGAUACGAAUGGACAAGUCGUUGCUGGUGGAAAAGGCCAAGGAAAUCGAUUAGAUCAAUUGAAUGGUCCAACUGAUGUGCUCCUCGACAAAGAAACGAAUAGUCUUAUUAUUUGUGAUCGAGGAAAUGGACGAAUCGUACGAUGGUCUCGCCAUGAUGGUACUACAGAAGGAGAAAUCCUUAUUUACAAUAUAUGGUGUUGGGGAUUGGCCAUGGAUAAUGAGAGAUAUCUCUACGUCUGUCACAGUGAAAAACAUGAAAUAAGACGAUAUAAAAUAGGAGACAAGAAUGGGAUUCUCGUAGCUGGUGGAAAUGGCAAAGGUUAUGGUCUCGAUCAACUGAACUAUCCCCGUUACCUCUUUGUCGAUCGACAGCAGACCGUCUACGUGUCAGACUAUUGGAAUCAUCGAAUAAUGCAAUGGAAUAAAGAUGCCAAAGAAGGCAUUGUCGUCGCCGGAGUUCAAGGCCAAGGGAAGGCUCUGACACAAUUGAGAGCACCUUAUGGACUCUUCGUCGAUACAUUGGGUACCAUCUAUGUGGCAGACGAGCUCAAUCAUCGAGUGAUGCGUUGGCCUAAAGGAGCAAAGCAAGGCACUGUCAUUGUGGGUGAAAAUGAUGAACGAGAAGGAGCAAAUCAGUUCAACCAUCCCCUUGGUUUGUGCUUCGAUCGAAAUGGUAAUCUCUACGUAGUCGACGAAUAUAAUAAUCGUGUUCAAUUUUUUGAAAUUCAAUAA